CGAAGAGUGAAACUCAGCGACUGUGGAUUAAUCACUUUGUUACUGAAGUUUUAUUUUUUUUAAAUUAGCCAGGCUUUUCUGUUAUUUUGCGCAAAUCUAGCGGUGCAUUCAAACAGAUCAAAAUGAUGGCCAAACCAUUUGGAAAGAGUGGGGAUGUGAAUGAGCUGGUGAGCUCCCUUGGCUGGCUGGAUGAGGAGGACGGCAGCUCUCAGGAUGGAGAGCAAAGCCCAGAGAUGAGGGGGCACCAUGGGCUGACUGGGGGCCGAAUCCGCUCCUUCACAGAACAGGGAAGUGAGGAUAUUGAGGAAGAAGAGGAGGAAGAUGAUGAUGAGGAGGAGAUUGGGCCAAAUGGAGAAAAAGCUCCCAAAAGGAGAGGCCCUAAGAAGAAGAAGAUGACCAAAGCGAGACAGGAGAGGUUUCGUGUCCGGCGAGUCAAGGCCAACGCCAGGGAACGUUCACGUAUGCAUGGGCUGAACGAUGCCCUGGAGAAUCUGCGCAGAGUGAUGCCCUGCUACUCCAAGACACAGAAGCUGUCAAAGAUUGAGACUCUACGGCUGGCCCGCAACUACAUCUGGGCUCUGUCGGAGGUGCUUGAGAGUGGCCAGUCUCCAGAGAGCCAUGGAUUUAUGGAGAUGCUGUGUAAAGGUCUGUCUCAGCCCACCAGUAACCUUGUGGCCGGCUGCUUGCAGCUUGGACCGAGUCCAAUGAUGCUCAACAAGCUGGAGGACAAGUGUGGAGGCCCUGGGAUGGGUAGUAUGGGGGGUCAGGCUGGCCAUUCCCUCAGCUAUCCAUCUCCAGGCCUUCCCAGCCCCCCCUACGGCUCCCUGGAGGCUUCCCACCUCCUCCAUAUGAAGGGAUUUAAGGGGCCUGUUUAUGACAACCCCUCCCCUAAUGAGUGCAGCAGUGGCACGCCACCAUACGAUGGGCCCCUCACUCCCCCCCUGAGCAUCAGCGGCAACUUUGCCCUGAAGCAAGAGCCUUCUCCCCAUGAGUCAGAGAGGAACUACGCACCUCACCCUGGCCACCAUGCCCACUAUCUCUCGUCCCACCACUAUCCCACUUCCACAACUGGUGGCCUACCAGGGGGGCCUCAGGGCCAUCCACUUUUUCAGGCUUCACGCUAUGAGCUGCCCCUGGACGUGGCCUUUGACUCCUUCACUCCCUCUCACCUGAUCACCUCUCAGAUGGGCACCAUCUGA